AUGGCAAGCCACGACAACAAGGCAGCGGACUUGGAGGAACGCGUGUCCUACAUCCAUUCGGUCACGCCCAAAGACGUUGACGGGUACGCCGAAGCGAAAUCUCCCAAGGACCUGGAAGAGGGGGCGUUGGCCGAAGGGGGGGCCCUGGACUUGUGGUCCCGCGAAGCGUUUGCGCUGUUCAUGCAGUACGGCGCCAUUGGAGUCAUCUACGGCAUGAUCCCGUCGCUCAACUACCCCAUCUUCAACAUCUACCUCAACUUGGAGGGGUAUCAAACGUCGUCGUACAAGGUGUUGAUUGUGAUCGGGUGGUCGUUCAAGGCCAUCUUUGGCCUGUUGUCAGAUUGCGUCCCCAUCUAUGGCUACCGUCGGAAGUCGUGGAUGUUGAUCGGGUGGACCAUCACGAUGAUCUGUCUGA